AUGAAUCAUCUCAUUUUUCUUUAUUUCCCUAUCAUUUCUUUUUGCCUUCUUGGGAAAGAUGGUAUAUUGCCGACUGUUCAUGAAUCUUCUCAGAUACAUUUUCUUUAUUUCCUAUCAUUUCUUUUUGCCUUCUUGGGAAAGAUGGUAUAUGCCAGACUGUUCAUGAAUCUUCUCAGAUACAUUUUCUUUAUUUCCUAUCAUUUCUUUUUGCCUUCUUGGGAAAAGAUGGUAUAUUGCCGACUGUUCAUGAAUCUUCUCAGAUACAUUUUCUUUAUUUCCUAUCAUUUCUUUUGCCUUCUUGGGAAAAGAUGGUAUAUUGCCGACUAUCAUUUCCAGAUACAUUUUUCUGUUCAUCAUUUCUUCUCAGAAAGACAUUUUCUUUAUUUUCCCUAUCAUUUCUUUUGCCUUCUUGGGAAAGAUGGUAUAUUGCCGACUAUACAUUUUCUUUAUUUCCUAUCAUUUCUUUUGCCUUCUUGGAAAAAUGAAAUUGAUGGUUCAUAUUUCUCAGACUGUUUUCAUGAAUCUUCUUUUUGCCUUCUUGAAAAGAUGGUUUUUCUUUCAUUUCUUCUCAGAUAUCAUUUCUUUUUUGCCUUCUUGGGAAAGAUGGUAUAUUGCCGACUGUUCAUGAAUCUUCUCAGAUACAUUUUUUUUGCCUUUUGGGAAAGAUGGUAUAUUCCUAUCAUUUUUUCUUUUUUCUUCUUUUGGGAAAAAGAUGGUAUAUUGCCGACUAUAUCAUUUUUUUGCCUUCUUGGGAAAGAUGGUAUAUCAUUUCAUUUCUCAGAUACAUUUCUUUCUUCCUAUCAAAAAGAUGGUAUAUUGCCGACUGUUCAUAAAUCUUCUCAGAUACAUUUUCUUUAUUUCCUAUCAUUUCUUUUUUGCCUUCUUGGGAUGGUAUUUUCUUUCAUUUCCUCAUCAUUUCUUUUUUCCUAUCAUUUCUUUUGCCUUCUUGGAAAGAUGGUAUAUUGCCGACUGUUCAUGAAUCUUCUCAGAUACAUUUUCUUUAUUUCCCUAUCAUUUCUUUUGCCUUCUUGGGAAAGAUGGUAUAUUGCAUUUCUUCUCAGAUACAUUUUCUUUAUUUCCUAUCAUUUCUUUUGCCUUCUUGGGAAAGAUGGUAUAUUGCCGACUGUUCAUGAAUCUUCUCAGAUACAUUUUCUUUAUUUCCUAUCAUUUCUUUUUUGCCUUCUUGGGAAAGAUGGUAUAUUGCCGACUGUUCAUGAAUCUUCUCAGAUACAUUUCUUUAUUUCCUAUCAUUUCUUUUGCCUUCUUGGGAAAGAUGGUAUAUUGCCGACUAUACAUUUUCUUUUGCCUUCUUGGGAAAGAUUCCUAUCAUUUCUUUUUUCUUUAUUUCUUCUUGGGAAAGAUGGUAUAUUGCCGACUGUUCAUGAAUCUUCUCAGAUACAUUUCUUUAUUUCCUAUCAUUUCUUUUGCCUUCUUGGGAAAAGAUGUUUUUCUUUAUUUCCUAUCAUUUCCUUCAAGAUACAUUUUCUUUAUUUCCUAUCAUUUCUUUUUCUUUUGCCUUCUUGGGAAAAGAUGGUAUUUCUUUUUUGCCUUCAUGGUAUAUUGCCGACUGUUCAUGAAUCUUCUCAGAUACAUUUUUCUUUAUUUCCUAUCAUUUCUUUUUGCCUUCUUGGGAAAGAUGGUAUAUUGCCGACUGUUCAUGAAUCUCAGAUCUUUCUUUAUUUCCUAUCAUUUUUUUUGCCUUCUUGGGAAAAGAUUUCCGACUGUUCAAUUUACAUUUUCUUUUAUUUCCUAUCAUUUCUUUUUGGGGAAAGAUGGUAUAUUGCCGACUCUUCAUUUUCUUUAAUUCUUUCUCAAAGAUGA